AUGGCGGAGAGUGAUGGAGGGAUGAGGAUGGAGGAGAGUUUGGUUCCUGCUGGACAACCAUUCAAACGACUGCUGCAGGUGUUGUCCAAUGGGGAGCCGUGUCUCCUGUUCCAGGCCAGGAGGCUGUCUCUCCGCUAUGAGAGGCAGAAGCAGCUGGACCUGACGGAGCAAGCCUUCUCUCCUCAGAAACCUGUCGACACCAGUCAGUCUGUCUGCAGCAGAGACAAGGCCACGCUGGUCAUGAGGUUUGGUGAUGUGGAGGAUGUAAGAGACCUUUUCAUCAGACUGCAGCUGUCCAACACUUUCUACGAGUCUUCAGGUCAGUGGUGGUUCUCAGUGGACAGCAUCUCGCUCCUUUACAACACCUCUGAGGAAGCUGUGUUCAAUGCCAGCGAGGUGUAUGCUCCUGCCUCCUCCUCCUACCACUGCCUCCAUGUGAGCAGCCUGCAGCGGUACAGCGCCCUGCUGUUGCCCAGCACCGACCAUGCCCGCCGCUGGACCGUCACCUUCACUGACUUCCAGAUUCAGGCGUUUAACGUCACCUCCGGUAAGUUUUCUCCUGCGAGUGACUGCGCCACUUUCCUGACGCCGGCCAUCCUGAUGGGCCUCGUCACUUCUCUCAUCCUGCUGCUGGUCCUGGCCUACGCCCUGCACAUGGUCAUCCACCUGAAACACAUCGAGCAUGACAACGAACACAAGGCUGACAUCUACUACACUGAAAACUCUGAACACCCUGAACACCCUGAACACUGUGUGGAAAACAUCACUGAGAAAAACUUUUUGUAG